GACAGUCGCGCGGAGAGCCCCGCAGUGUUUAGACGUGUUGGAGUCUACAACGACGCAAUCGAAAAUGCCCAAGUCAAAUAGAAUCCAGCAAAUCGUCAAAUUAGGUCAAGAAGGCCGAGUACCCUUACCAUUUUCAAAUAAUGAAGGUAUUGUGCAAACAGUUACAAAUAGUAAUGUUAUGAAGCCUAUAACAGACCAACUGACCAAAGAAGACAACUCAACCCUUAAACGUAAACGUUCUUCAUCAUUGUCUUCUACUGGAAAUGAUUCGUCAUCUACAACAUCAAGUGACAGUACCCAUAAGUCGUCGAUAAAAAAAUCAUUACCUAUCUCUGUUGAUGCAUUAAGACAUGUUCAGAACAGCGAUUACACUGCCUUAGGCAUGAUGUCUGUUGGAAAUGACCGUGAUAACGCAAGCUCACCUUCUUUGCUUGGUGUCACUCAUGAACUCUUUGUGGAUAAAGAAAACCAUCCUCCUCUUUCUGACAACGAACAUAUAUCUGGUGUCGACUUUUCACCUGAUAAUAGUGAUGAUGAAUACCAGCCACCUCGACCGCGUUCUGUAUCUCUCAGUUCAACUUCUGACAGACCAUCUUCUACCUCGAGUUCAGAAAGACCAAAAAAGGGGAAGAAGCGUAAUAGAAAUCCACAGAAGUGGAAAAAAAAUGUAUUAAAAAGGAUAAAAAACUCAGGGAAGGAGUAUAUUUCGCGAUCAGGAAAAAAAGUCGAUGCAAAGGUAAUGAAACCUCCAUGUAAUUGUAGAUUGCAAUGUCGUACGAAAUUUAGUGAUGAGAUGAGAAAAGAAAUAUUUGAAAGUUACUGGAAUUUGGCGUCACUUCAACGGCAAAGAGAUUUUUUGUGGUCAUGUGUACAACUUUCAAAUAUUUCAUGCCGUCGCGUUAAGAAUGUUGAAAAGCCCAGAAAACCUAAUUGUUCAUUUUCAUUUCUCAAAAAUGGUCAAAGCAUAAAAAUUUGUAAAAGGUUCUUAGUGAAUACUUUAGAUAUAAGUGAAAGGACUCUUCGAACAGUUAUUGAGGCAUUACAGUCUAGUUCCAGCAUGGCACCAGUAGACAAUAGAGGUAAACAUAAGAAUCGUAAAACAACUGACCCAGAAAUUUUGCUAUCUAUUGAAAAUCAUAUUAAUUCAAUUCCGCGAAUUGAAUCUCAUUAUUUAAGAGCAAAUACCUCUAGAGAAUUCAUAGAUGGAGGUUUAACGAUCGCUGAAAUGCAUCGCAAUUACGUAGAACAGCGUGUUCAGCUAAAUAAAGAAGCUGCUAGUUACGAUACUUACGCGUACGUUUUUAACACAAAAUUUAAUAUUUCUUUCUUCGUGCCAAAAAAGGAUCAGUGCGAUCUCUGUAUGUCCUUUCAAAAUGCUGUUGGUGAAGAAAAAGACAAACUACUUCCAGAAUAUAAUUCUCAUCAAAAAGAAAAACAACUAAGUCGCGAAGAAAAGUCAAAGGAUAUAAAGAUCUGCAAAGAACCUGACAGUAACACUUUAGUUGCUAUAUAUGACUUGCAAGCAGUAAUGCCGGUGCCAUUAGGAGAAUCAUCUGCAUUUUUUUACAAAUCAAAAUUAAAUUGUUUGAACUUCACUGUGACGGAUGUGAAGAGUAAAAGUACUGAUUGUUAUUUUUGGCACGAAGGACUCGGUAACCGCGGCGCAGUAGAAAUUGGGACUUGUAUUUUUAAAUUUUUAGAAAAGAUCGCUCUGGAAAGUCCUAGCAUGGAUAUUGUGUUUUAUUCGGACAACUGCUGCGGCCAACAAAAGAACCGUUUCAUAUUUAGCAUGUAUGCAUAUGCAGUAAAAACGUUGCCAAUAAAAUCAAUAACCCACAAAUUCUUAGUCCGGGGACAUACUCAAAACGAAGGGGAUAAUGCACAUUCUAUCAUAGAAAGGGCUAUAAAAAGUGCAAAAAAAUCUGGUCCAAUUUACGUACCCGAUCAAUACGUACAAAUAAUUAGAAAUGCUAGAAAAAAGGGAAAUCCUUACCUCGUUCACGAAAUGGAUUACACGGACUUUUACGACUGGAAAGCAUUAACUGAUGAUUUAGGUGUAAAUUUUAAUAAAAACCUGGAUGGCGAUAUCAUCAAACUGUCAGAAAUCCGAGUCAUUAAAUUUGAGAAAGGAUCUAAUGUUUAUAUAUACAAAACAUCUUACGACAAAGAAGCACAAUGGUCCCAAUGCGAUAUUCAUUCAUCUAAAAGACGCAACCAAAGACACCCAUCCAGCAAUAUUACUCUGAAAAAAGCGUAUAAUGCUCGCAUUUGUAUUUCCGAACGCAAAAAAGAAGAUUUGAGGCAUUUGAUUAACACUAAUAUAAUACCUAAAUACUAUGAGGCAUUUUAUCAAUCUAUUUUUUAAUACAGCUACAGAUUCCAAAUCUUUUAAACUCCUAAAAAUAAUAAAACAAUAUUUUAGACUGUAACGCCAUCAAAUAUGCGCAAAG